AUAUUCAGCCCUGAAGCAGCGCAGCUCCCAGAGAAAGUGCGAUCUCCUGGUCUGACCAACCAGAGCAGGAGAGAUCAUCUCGUAGACCAUCUCAUAUGUAAGAGGGGCAGGACGAUACAUAAUCCAUCAAACAACAAAGCUGGAGAUUGACUGAGGGAAUCAGACUGAGGGAAGCUGCGCAUCUUCACCACACCGACCCAUCCUCAUCCUACAACUACAGCUCAGAUCUAUCAAAGCAGAAGCAACAUGAUCCCAUUCCAGGAAUACGAGAUGAAGAAACCAUCAGGGAAGAAAAGUGUUCGCAGUCGCAUUCCCCGCCUAGUCCUUCAACCCUUCCGUCCUAAAGGAUCGCCCAUUUCUGAGCUGCCAUUUUCUGAAGAGGAGAGCAAAGACUGCGACACCAGCACAGUACACUCAAAGAGAACCAUCAGCCCCAACAGCUUCUCAUCAGAUGACACAGGAUGCCCAAGCAGUCAGUGUGCCUCUCCAGCCAAGACCCCAUCUGGUUCAGAUAACAGCCCACUCGGGUCGCCACCAUUAGGGGAGCGCAAGACCAAGGUGAAGAGGGUCCAUGUCAAUGUGGUGGCUGAAUGGAGAGUCCCAGCACAGAAGCACAAGAGGGAGCAGCAACGCUCCUCUACCCUGCACAGAGGCAGUGAGGCAGAUUUCAGCUCCUCCAGUAGCACUGGAAGCUUCAAGACCCGUGAGACUCCAGCCACCAACUCCACAGGCAAGAAGAGCUGCUCCACACGCAGUCAUUUGCCCCACAUCAGGAGUCAGCCUGUGUUUAAGCCCCCUGGAAGCCCCACUGCCCAUCGCGAUUCAGAAUUAUAUGCCCCAUACAGGACACCUCCCAAAACCCCCUUUUCCUCGACUAUCAGCAGCAACUCUAGCCCCAGGAAGACCUCUUCUGGACGUUAUCACUCAUGCGGCGACAAUCAUGGCAUCAAGCCUCCCAACCCAGAGCAAUAUCUGACCCCUCUGCAACAGAAAGAGGUGACAAUUAGGCACCUGAGGACAAAGCUCAGAGAUUCUGAGCAAACAGUUAAUGACCGGAAUUCUGAGGUUCAUGAACUGAAGUCCCAGUUGGACCGCAUGCGUGAAGACUGGAUUGAAGAGGAAUGUCACCGCGUGGAAGCUCAACUGGCCCUUAAGGAGGCGCGGAAAGAGAUCAAACAGCUCCGACAAGUUGUGGAGACCAUGAAGAACAGUCUGAUGGAGAAGGACAAAGGAAUUCAGAAGUAUUUCAUUGAUAUCAACAUCCAGAACAGAAAGCUAGAGUCCCUGCUGCACAGCAUGGAGCUCGCCCAAAGUGGUGCCAACUUGCACGAUGAGCCCACCCUGGACUUCAUCUGUGACUCUCCAGAGAAGUCCUUGCCUGGGAAGGAGAAUCUGCACGUGGAAGAUCAGGCUGUGGAGGAGAUGGCAGACAGCGGGCUGCUGGUCAACGAUGAGAUGGCCAACCAGAUGGACAUCCUGGAGAAGGUUCUAACAUCUACAGCUGUGGGUUCCAGCCAGGACUGCAGUGGUAAGCUCAUGAACCAGCCUCCAGGACUGUCUACUUUGGUACAGAGCAUCUCGGAAGAUACAGAGAAGAGCACAAGAGAUCAGAUCGCCAGUAAGGUGUCUGCUGAUGAGUCUGUUAGUGAGGAAAAGUCAGUCCAAACUGAGGAAGUCCUGUACACCCCUGAUCUCCAAGCCCUUAUCCUGCAGCUACUAAAGAUCCAAAACACUGGCUUUUCAGGCCUGAUGAGUCCCUCUUCCAACAUUCCCCAGAAGUUUACCAAAGCACAGGAACACAAAAUAUUCCAAGCCGAGGAGCCGAUCAAACAAGAGGUGCCACCUCAAGCUCAAGAGGCUCAAGAUGGCUGCUUUGUAGAGAGGUCCAACCACAUUCCCAACGAUUCUGCUGUGAUUUCCCAAGAUUCUAGUGGUUCAAGCCAGAGCUGCUCAGAUCUGGAAAAGGAUCCAGGCUUUAUGGAGGAGUUGGAUUUUGGCGAGAAGGAUACCUGCAGUAAUGCAAGUAUGGCUGUAGUGGGGAAAAACCACUGGAGCAGCAGCUUCCUGGUUGAUCUGGUGGCUGUAGCUGCACCGGUUCUCCCCACAGUGGCCUGGUUAUACUCUCAGCACGGUGUAGUCGGUGGGGCACCAGUGUACAACAUUGCAGCUUUGAUUCGUGGGUGUUGCAUCAUGGGAUUGCACUCUCUCCGCCACGUCACACAUGGGCCGCACAUGUAAAAGGUCUUUCACCGCUAAUGAUCUGCACAGCUAACAAAAGCACUUAGAUAUCAAACUUAAAGUAUUUUUUUUGUUUUUGUAUAUUUGUGUACAUUUGUACUUUUUAUUUGACUUCCAGCUCGCACACAUACUUUGCACUGUGUAUAGUUGCCAUGAUUUUGGGCAAAAAUGGUGAACUUGAAGGGAUAUUUUUGUUUGUUUUCCUCACGUUUGUACUGCUUUUUGCCAUGACAUGAUCAUCUGGGCAGGUGGUCUUGUCACUAUUGUGCUGUUCUUUGCCAGAUCGUCAGUUUGUUGCUUUUUGUAGCGUAAUUGAGUGGAAAUUAAGUUUAGAGACUGUUUAAGUCUUUUGAAUUUUUUUUUUUUUUUUUGUAGUUUUGUUCAUUCCUAAAGGCCUAAAACCCCUCAGCCAAAGCUAACUUACUGUUUGUGUUCAUUUAAGUUACAGCGUUUUCCAUGUUUGUUUGUGCACUUGCUUCUUCCCUAAAGACGACCAAUGCUACAGUACAGUUGAAUUGAUUGAUGUGCCUGAGCUAUGUGCAAUAUCUGUUUGUAUCAGAUGUGUCAAUAUAUUUAUUAUUAAAGCAUGGUAACCCCA